CCGCCCUCUGCGCCGCCCAUGACCGCUUCGUCCGCCGAGGCCGUCCAGUCCAAGCGCGACCUGACUUCGUGGUGGAAGAACUUCAAGCGUGCCACGCCCCAACGGGUCCAAGAAGAGAAGGGUAGGUUCUACACGCCCUCCGCCUUGCGCAGUGACUUGGCCGCGGCUUCACAUGCUAAUCUGUUGUCUUGUCGCGCAGCUCCCCAGGGCAUCUUCGGUGUCCCUCUCCAGACGAGUAUCCGUUAUGCCAACGUCGCCAUCUCGCUGUUCAACGAGCAGGGUCAGAGCUACAUCUACGGCUAUGUUCCUAUAGUCGUUGCCAAAUGCGGCGUCUACUUGAAAGAGAAGGCUACCGAUGUCGAGGGCAUCUUCCGUCUGAGUGGAUCCGAGAAGCGCAUCAAAGAACUGCGCAUUGCUUUUGACUCUCCUGAUCGCUACGGCAAGGGGCUCGACUGGAGUGGCUAUACCGUCCAUGAUGCCGCCAACAUCCUGCGCAGAUACUUCAACCAGCUGCCCGAACCCAUUAUCCCUCUCGAGUUCUACGAACGCUUCCGCGACCCGCUCAAGAACCACCAAGCCCAAGCCGUCGGCUCCAUGGACAUGCAAGCCCCCAACAUCGGUCACUUCGACCCUGUCAAGGCCAUCCGCGUCUACCAGAGCCUCAUCACCGAACUGCCUCCCUUGAACCGUCAGCUGCUCCUAUACAUUCUCGAUCUCCUUGCCGUCUUUGCGAGCAAGUCGGACUUCAACAAAAUGACAACUCCCAAUCUUGCUGCCAUCUUCCAGCCCGGUCUCCUGUCGCACCCCCAACACGACAUGGCCCCUUCCGAGUACCGCCUCAGUCAGGAUGUUUUGAUUUUCCUUAUUGAGAACCAGGACUCGUUCUUGAUCGGUAUGCACGGUACUGCUGCCGACGAGAAGACGGUCAAGGAAGUCCAGAGCGGUGCCCCCUCUCCCAAGAUUCCUGGAUCACCUUUGACCCCAGCAAGAUCAAAGACUCUGCUUGGUCGCUCAUCUUCCAACGCUAGUGCCGGUGCUGAUAGCGUGCGCAUGUUCGGAAAUCUUCGCAGAAAUGUCUCGGUAUCCUCAAGAGCUUCAAAGCGCUCUGCCCAUCCUCAAGGCCAUGUCACACCGACCCUCGGCAGCCCUGCCAAUUCUGGAGGUAUUCAUCGCAGCAACACUGUUCCCUCCAAACAUAGCGCAUCUCCACACUUCCGUCGUGAGAAGAGCUCUGAGCCACCUACUCCUAGCCCAGUUGUUGCCUCUGCCGCAGCAUUUCAACCUUCGCAUCCUGUCCCUCUUGGCCCUGAAAUUAUCUCGGCUUCAUCUAGCGAGGCAACUACCCCUCUUGCUACUCAUGGAACAGAGACAAUGGGGCUGCUGCAAAGAGAGCACACACAGUCUAGCACCGCGCCUCUAAACACCAUGACUUCACCAGCUAGUGAUCGAAGGAUCAACUCUGCUGACCGUUCUCCAUCUGGCACUCCUUCUCGCGCAAUCUUGGAUUUUCUAAAGCCCUCCCCCGGAGGUAGUGACAGUGAGAGAAGAGAUGGCCGUAAGCCUAACAAGCUACAAAAGAAGCGCAUUCCUGGAAGUACUCUUUCAAGCGCUCACAGUUCUGCCCAUUCUCUCCAGCACGAGCCUGAGUCACUGAACGACUACUUCGCCUCUCCGACUGCGCCGGCAUUCGAAACACGUGCUGGGGAUCACCUCCACGAGUCUGGCUAUGACCGUUCCGAAUACACCACGGCUCAGACAUCUCCUAGAUUCAUGGCUCCUCAGCGAACAGAAACAGACGCUACCCUCAGACCUACUUUGUCGCCAGCACAUUCGUUCCACUCCACAGAUGUCACGGACGUGACCGAUGCUUCUGACGUGGAUCACCACGAGCAGUUCCCAUCAUCUGCCGAAAAGCCCGAAAAGAAACGUCGCUGGCGAUUCUCGAGACAGGCUGACGACCGCGAAAAUGUUGAUCGUGCUCGUGCAAAUUCCAAUCUCGGUAGUGCCAACAGCGCGGACCAAAGCAAGUCUACUAUCAGUAGUGUUGGCGGUGGACAACCCAGACGCAGCUUCCAGGACAGCCAUGUUAUGUCUGACCCCGAGUCCAUACUGUCUGACGGCGAGAACAAAAAAGGGCCUAUGAGCUGGAUAAGGAGCAAGUUAAACGAACGCAAAGAGCGCGAAGCAGAAAAAAGAGCG